AUGUACACCAUGCAGGAAAUUAGCUGUAGUAGAUCUAAUCAGUCUUCCCGCGUCUUUUCCACAUGGACAACAAUCUUGAGUAUCGCCUUGACCUCCACGCAUAUGGAUCUGUUAUCAGUCCUCCCGGACUUCCAUACCAAACCGUAUGCGCAUAUACUUCCGCCUUUGGAGAGAAGCAAGAUAACUACGGUCGAUCUCAUUACUCUCGAUACGCUUGAGAUCGCGAAACGCGCCCACGUGCCUCCAGCCGAUGUUCGUCGGUUGUGCGCCAGCAUCAUCAAGGCGCUCCACCAUGAUAUCGGUUUCAAAGAUAUCGAUGAGCCUGCGUCUGCCGAGCCGAGCUCCAGUAUCAAUGACGACCUGCCGAUUACCCUGGGGCCUACGACAAAGCUAGACUUGUCGCAAUGGAGCGCGAUCAGCACUCUGGACACCGCUUUAGAUGAGCUGUUGGGCGGCGGGGUACCAACUGGCUAUGUGACGGAGGUGACUGGCGAGAGUGGGAGUGGUAAGACACAAUUUCUCCUCUCUCUGUUGCUGGCCGUCCAGCUUCCUUCACCCCAGGGCCUGGGGAAGAAUGCCGUCUACAUCUCUACAGAGGCUCCCUUGUCGACGCCGCGGCUCUCCCAGCUUAUUGAUUCCCACCCCUACCUCUCGACCCUGCCUCGCGAUCGUGCCCCGACGUUGGAGAAUAUCCUAUCCAUCAAUGCUAUGGACCUCGAGUCUCAAGACCACAUUCUCAACUAUCAACUCCCCGUCGCGAUUCAACGCUACAACGUCGGCCUCGUUGUCAUCGAUUCCAUAACCUCGAACUACAGAGCAGAGCAUACCGCCCACAAUAUUCUAGGCCUGUCGACUCGGUCAGGGGAGCUCACCAAGCUGGGACAAAUGCUACGCAACCUUGCGGUACAAGAGGACAUCGCAAUAGUGGUCGCAAACCAAGUCUCCGAUCGAUUCGAUGCCCUGGACGGCCCUCCAGCAUUCCCAAGGAUAGGAGGUGGUGUAUCAGGAAACGGACCCCCUUCGACUCAACCACAACCACCCCCAUCCGCUCGCGAACCAGGCACUGCGUCCACCUUACCAAGGGUCCGGGCAACUGAGUCCGGAAACGUCGAAUUAUCCCAACAUAACGUCAUGCUUCCGUCUUCUCCUUCUCCAUUCCCAUCUUCGCCGUAUACCGCCGAAGAAGACCCGCAACAACAGCCUUUCGACGGCUCAUACCUAGUGGGAAAUCCGGUGCGCAGUGAGAUCCUCAGUCUGCAGCAUCAACAGCGAUUCUUUACCGGAUGGGGCGACUCACCGCAGUCAUUCCCCCCAAGUUCAUUCCCAGGCUUCCAAAGACCGUCGCAGAAGACACCAGCCCUCGGUCUUGUCUGGUCGACGCAAAUCGCAUGCCGAAUCGCCUUAAAGAAAGAGCAGCAAACAGCCACAGAUCCUCUUCUUCCAGAGAGUACCCCUAUCCCGUCGACAGCGAAAGUACACCCAGAACCAGAGGUACCUGGUUCCCCUAGCGAACGAGAGAAGCCUCGGCCAGACCCUCUAACAGGACCUGUCGCCGAAGAGAAAGACGCAGAAGCGGAAGCUAGUUCUGAGACUGUUCCUGUUCCUGUUCCUGUCCCCGUUCCAGUCUCUGAGAACAAACCGAGUAGCUCUCAGCUACCACCACCCUCGUCUCAGACACCCGAGCGCCCUGUCCGGCGCACUAUGAAGCUCGUAUUUGCGCCUUGGAGCGCAGGGUCAGUGAAGGAGCAAAGCCAAAUCCAAGAUGAAGUCAGCUUUACGAUCUGGAAAGGAGGUUUGAAGAGCUGUGAAUAG